AAAAAACCCUAAUUAUCCUUCUUCUCAAAUCUCUUAAAUCAUCUCUCUGUUUGCAAUCCAAUCCAAACAAACUCUUUCUCUGUGACACCAACCAAGCUGCAUACCCUCCGCAUAAUGAUCAGACAAUUACUUCUGCUUUGAUGUUUCAGAUUUUGAUAAAUUGGAGAAGGGAUGUCAAUGGAGGCUAACAUUUGUGACAUCAAUCACUUGGAUGCCGAUGUCCUCCUGCCUCCUCGGAAACGGCUGCUGGCAGGAUUUAAGAAACAGGCUUCUAAAGCCAAUGGUACUUCAGAUCAGCCUACGGUUGCUUCUUCCUCUUCAUCUCCUCCACGUUCACAUUCAACUUCACCUUCACCUUCUACAUCGUCAAGCGAUGUUAAUGCCCAUCUUAAGAAUCUAUUGAUGAGUUCUCAUUUGUACAACCCAAACCUUUCUCCUGAGGAGAUUUUGGAGGCCUCUAGAGCGGCAGCUACCUCUGCUGCUAAAGCUGCAGUGGCUGCCAGAGCUGCUGCAGAGGAGAAGGCUGCAAUUGCCACUAAAGCUGUUGCUGCAGCUAAGAGUGCAUUGGAUGUAGUAGCAAAAUUUUCUGAAGACAGUGACAGACGCCUGAAAAAGAAUAAGCUCAAAAAACAUGUGCCUGUACAACUCCUGUACAAAAAACACGAGCCAGUUGAGAGUCCUAGGACAGAUGAAGACUUAGCCCGGAAAUUGCACCGAGCCAUCAACAGUUCCCCAAGAAUCUCAAAGAAUUCACCUUCUGAAUGGAGAGGUCAUAAACAUAAGAGGCCUAAGAUCAUGCCAACUCUUGAGAAAACAAAAGCUUCCAAUGGAGGUAUAGUAUUGGGUGCAAGCCCGUCUUCUACAUACAAUGGAGGUACUAUAGCAGGAGAAAUCGAUUCUGAGGACUCCAUGGAGGAAUCUGUUAAAGCAGAGGCAAAGGAUGCUAAAUAUGAAAAAUCUGGGCAAUCAGAGUUGGAUAAUGGUGAAGCAAGAUCAAGCCAUUCGAAGGAAAAAGCUUUGAGGAUGUAACCCUGGUAAAAGAGGGGAAGAAUGAAGCUAAAGAGGCUGCCCCUGAGCGUUUGUUCCUUUAGGAUCGAGUGAACCCAAAGGAAUACAUGAUUAGUAAGAACUCUCCACUGACCGAAAAGAACAUGGAUAAUUCAGCUGCUGCUGUUAAGACCUAUUUUACCUUGGAACCCUCCGAUGAUGGUGUUAUUUCAAUUGAAGGUUCAUCAAUGCAGAAAUGCCAGGAUUUCAAGGUCCCUGCAUGUAUCAAACAAAGCAAAGUCAUGCAAUCAUAAUGUUCAAAUCCUUUUCUUGUAACAGGUGGCUUCAACGAUUGAAGUUAAUAGCUGAGGUAGGAUUCGUAAUUCUCUUUUAUAGGUAAUUAGGAACGACAUUACCCAUUUAUCACUUUGUUCAUUACUGUUUUUGUAAGGAAAUUGAAUUGACAGAAUGUAUAUCUGAAUGUUCAAUUGCUUGCCUCUACACCUUACUAAUAGUGCUUGCUUAAUAGAGUGAUAGCAAUAUUUGGAUUCGAGAUGAAGAGGAAUGCAAUAAAUUUAGAUGGCUACUUUCUUUCUUUAAUUUUUGCUUAUUCAUCCUGCUUUCUUUGGAUGAUGCUUCAUGUACUAAAACUUUAAUGCCCUUGGUAUUGUUAUUCCAGCAGUUGAUUCAUUUUUUUCCUC